AUGACAAAUAGUGAUAGUAGCAGUGUUAGUGAUUCUGAGUAUACUCCUCGUGCCUUUAGUCCUUUAUUUCUUCAUUCCUCUGAUAUACCGGGAAUGUCUCUGGUCGUUGUUCCCUUUUCUUGUUCUGGUUUUGGUGGGUGGAGGAGAAGCAUUAUCGUGUCCUUGUCAGCCAGAAAUAAAAUUGCUUUCAUUGAUGGUACCUAUCCCAAACCUUCUGUGGGUUCCCCUGAAUGCAAACAGUGGGACAGGUGUAACAACAUGGUGAUAUCCUGGUUAACCAGCUCCCUCACACCUGAAAUUGCUGAGAGUGUUCAGUAUUCUGAUACUGCUGAGAGUAUUUGGAAGCAAUUGAAUAGUAGAUAUGGGACCAAAAAAUUUAAAAUAAAGAAGGAAUUAACUUCUGCAUGUCAAGGUCCUCUUGAUAUAGCAUCAUAUUUCAACAAGCUAAAGAAACUUUGGGAUGAGUUGGGAAUUAUGGGUUCAAAUCAUGCAAACACAUGUACAUGUGCUGCAAAAGAUCGUUUACUAAAGGAAGAUGAAGAAAACAAAGUUCACCAAUUCUUAAUGGGUCUGAAUGAAACUUACAUUACUGUCAGAAGAAAUAUCCUAAUGAUGAACCUACCUCCUUCACUUGACAAUCCCCAAAGGCAAUAUAUUCAGAAGGUUAAUUUUGAUUCAACAACUCAGAGAGUGGUUUCUGAUCAGAACAGAGCUUUAUUAUGCAAGUAUUGUAAGAAGAAUGGACAUACUAUUGAUAAAUGCUAUAAAUUGAAUGGUUUUCCCCAAAAUUUCAAGUUUACCAAGGGCAGAAAAUUUGGAACUACUGCAAAUGCUGAGUCCUCAACUUCUGGGAACUCUGAGUCUGCCCCAACAUUUGUCUCCACUGGUCAAGAUGCAAAUCUUGUUGAUUCCAGUCCUCAACCUAACUUUGUGGGAUCUGCUAACUUUGCUGGUAGUAUUCCUACUCUGCCUGGGUUUAAUGGUGUUGUUUAUUCUUCUUGCAUGUUAACUGGUGCAGCUAGAAGUAUUUGGAUAGUGGAUUCCGGAGCAACUGACCACAUGACUUCUGAUAAAGACCUCCUCUUUGAUAUUUCACCACUUUCUGUCCCUUAUCUUAUCACUUUACCCAAUGGAUACAAAGUGAAGGUCACAUGUACAGGAUCUCUCACUUUGAAUUCUUCUUUUGUCUUACAUCAUCUGCUUUGCAUUCCUACUUUCAAGUACAAUCUCAUUUCUGACCUUUCCAGGAAGAAGCUUCUGUCUAUGCAUGAUAGUCCUGUUUCCUCUUUGAAUAAGCCUAUAUGCAACUUGAAUGAGAGUGUAUCUUCUUCUUUUGCCUCUUCUAUUUCUUCUCAGCAACAUAUAAAUGACCUUGAUGUACUUUGGCAUCAUAGAAUGGGCCACAUUCCUUUUGUGAAAAUGAAAUGUAUACCUUCUGUUGCUUGUGAAUUGUCUGCUAAGCAGUCUUUUACUUGUCCCAUUUGUCCUCUAGCUAGACAAACUAGAUUGCCUUUUCCUGAUAGCGCAUCUACUUCUACUUCUUUGUUUCAGCUUGUUCACAUUGAUACAUGGGCGCCUUAUCAUACCCAAACUUAUUCUGGGUACAAACUCUAUAAUCUUCAAACCAAGUCUGUUUUUGUCUCCAGGGAUGUCGUCUUCCAUGAGUCUGUCUUUCCCUUUCAACUCAAUUCUUCUGUCUCUUCUCCUUCCUCUCUUCCUUCCUUUCCACCUACUUAUUUUGAUGAACCUUCAAUCAAUCUUCCUUCUUCCCUAUCUGAAACUUCUUCCUCCUCCUCCUCUCCUUCUUCUCCUCCCCUUGCUUCUGAUUCUUCCCCUCCUAUUUCUGGUCCAUCUAAUGUUUCAACUCUACCUGCAGUCAAGAAAUCUACCAGAUCUCAUAAUAUUCCUUCUCAUCUUCAAGAGUAUGUGGCUGCUGCCAGUCCAUCUUGGCAGGAUGCUAUGAGGAAGGAGUUUGAAGCACUGGAAGCUAAUAAUACUUGGGACAUUGUUGAACUUUCCAAAGGGAAGAAACCAAUUGAUUGUAAAUGGGUAUAUAAAAUUAAAUGUAGAGCUGAUGGGAGUGUGGAGAGAUAUAAAGCAAGGUUUGUCAUAAGGGGUGAUACUCAGGUAGAGGGUAUUGACUUUCAUGAGAUGUUUUCUCCUGUGGUUAAAAUGUGUUCUAUACGAUGCCUUAUAGCUUAUGCAGUCAAACAAAAGUGGUCCCUAUUUCAAUUAGAUUUUAAUAAUGCAUUUUUACAUGGUUACUUAGAUGAAGAAGUGUAUAUGAAGAUUCCUCAAGGAUUGUCUGUUACCUCUACUUCUUCUGCUUCUGUCCCUCAUUUGGUACACAAAUUGCAUAAAUCUUUGUAUGGUAUGCGGCAGGCUUCUAGACAAUGGUAUGCGAAAUUGUCACAAACCCUUUGUUCUAGAGGCUAUAACCAUCCUUUGAAUGAUUAUUCCUUGUUUGUCAGGAAAUCAGCCCAAUCCAUUGUGUUUCUUGCUGUGUAUGUCGAUGACAUCUUACUAACUAGGGAUGAUUUGGUUGAGAUUGCUGCAUUGAAAAGUUUUCUGGAUGAUCAGUUUAAAUUAAAGAUUUAG